AUAGAUAAUAAAGAUUCUAUGCUGUAGAAACUAGAGCUCAACAAUUUAAAAUAGUUAAUAGGUAGGUAAUUAUAAUUGGUAACGAAUUUGAUUUUUCAUAAAAAGCGCGGGAUUUUCUCUAGUUUUGAUUUAUGUAAAAUGCUGUACGGAUGAAGUGAAAAUCUUCUCAAAGUUGUGCGUUGUGGACAGUAAUUUCUAUGAUAGAGAUUAAGCUAUAAAGCAUAUCACAAGGUUAUAAAAGUCUCAUUUCAAUUCACCUUCAGUUCUUCGUCAGAAUACUUCAAUAUUUCCAAAUUUCCGAUUUUCAUACGAAAAACGAUGGCCAAGUACAAGGUAGUGAUGGUCAGACAUGGUGAAAGUGAAUGGAACCAAAAGAACUUGUUUUGCGGAUGGUACGAUGCUUCGUUGAGCCCUAAAGGUGAAGAGGAAGCAGCAAACGCCGGUAAGGCAUUGAAACAAGGCAACUACAAAUUUGACCUGGCCCACACAUCUGUGUUGAAGAGGGCACAAAACACUCUGGGGUCAAUAUUGAAAGAGCUUGGCCAAGAAGACAUUCCGAUAUCUAAAACGUGGCGUUUGAACGAAAGACACUAUGGUGGCCUUACUGGAUUGAACAAAUCUGAAACUGCAGCCAAAUAUGGCGAAGAACAGGUUCAAAUAUGGAGACGUAGUUUUGACACUCCCCCACCGGCCAUGGAUACCGAUCAUGCAUACUAUGAUCAAAUCGUAAAUGACCCCCGCUACAAAGAUGAACCUUUAAAGGAGGAGUUUCCUAUGUUUGAAUCAUUGAAAUUGACAAUUCAAAGGACAUUGCCUUAUUGGAAUGAUGUUAUUAUUCCCCAGUUAAAAGAAGGAAAACAAAUAUUGAUAGCUGCUCAUGGAAACAGUCUUAGAGGAAUAGUCAAACAUUUAGACAAUUUGACGGAAGACCAAAUCAUGUCUCUUAACUUACCAACUGGUAUACCAUUUGAAUAUGAAUUAGAUGAGAACUUUAAACCUGUGGUCUCAAUGAAGUUUUUGGGUGAUGAAGAGACUGUCAAAAAAGCAAUCGAAGCUGUUGCUGCCCAAGGCAAAGCAAAAUAAUUAUCGCAAUAGAACAAGCUGAAAUUAACUAAAAAAUAAUUUAAAUACUUAUUAGUAGCAUUACAUUUAUUUAAAUGUAUUCUUUAUGUCUUAUGUUCUUAAAUUAUUUAUCCAAAUAUUAGGUAACUAUAAAAACUUUUUAAACGCUACUUAGUGAUAACUGAUAAUAUACAUAUUGUUUACAGUGUAAAAAUGUUGAAGUAUCAUAAAUUAAAAUUUAGUGAGUCUUGAAUGUAAUAUGAUUACCUUAAGGUAAUAUUGAACUGUUUUGGAAUUUAGAUUUUAACUGUCAUAUUGAUUCCUAUUUAUCCUAUUACAUGUUGCAUUUAUUCCUUUCUACCUCUAAUACCUUAAGUCAAUAAAUUUAAUUAUAAAUGGCAAUUAUUAAAUAUACCUGUACUACCUAUAGUAUGGAACUUGUUAACAUUAUGGUGUGUAAAUGUGCUUUGACUUCAUUUCUUGAGCUUUACCUUUACAAUUAUCGUAAAUCCAAAAGUAAGAAAUUCUAAUAAUUUUAAUGUUACACAAUAAAAAAUUUUGAUUGAAAAAAAAAAAAUCUAUAAUUAAGAUAAAAUCUAUAUAUUUGAUGAAAAUGUUAUACUCAAUAAAUAAAAACUUGAUUGAAUGAAA